AUGGCGGAGACGGAGAAAACCGAAAAUGGUCCCCGCUGCGGCGACGAGACGGACGAGUCAUUCUCAUCUGCCGACGCAGCCAAACAGCAUCAUCAUGAAAGUGAUCGCCGUCCUGUGCGCCAGCCUGGCCUGUGCCAGCGCCGGCCUCAUCGCCCCGGCCACCACCCUGUGCGGGCCCCCAGCCACGACUCGGCCGUCAUCCAGAGCCACCGCUUCGGCGGCAACUUCGCCUACCGCACCGACGAAGCGCACGCCUUCGCCUCCAUCAGCCCCGUCAUCUCGACGGUGCGCCGCCCGGUCGGCGUCUCCUACAGCCAGGGCGCGCCCAUCGUCAGGUCCACCACCGUCGAGCACGCCGCUCCCGUGGCCGUGGCCGCGCCCGUCGCCACGUACGCCGCCGCCGCGCCGGCCAUCACCACCUACGCCGCCGCCCCAGCCGUGGUCGGCUACGCCGGAAAGGCGGGCAACGCGGGGAGCCAGACCCCGGGCCUCUGGUUUCCCAGACUCAGCAAAAGACUUCCGUGA